UCAUCGGGAUCGGGGGCGUCCCGGGAGCGGGCAGCCGCGAUGCGGAACCCCGAGCCGCCGACCAGGGGCCCCCGGGCCUCGCGGGGCAGCAGCGUGGGGGAGCUGAGCGCCGAUCUCCGCUACAAGCACCACUCGCAGAUCAUGAAUGGCUCGGAGGAGAUCGUGGAGUUCCUCCCUGUCAACAAUGGCAAGAAGAUGGAGAAAAGGGGCCCGAAGCGGUGCGUGGUGCUGUUGGUUAUUGUGAUUAGCGCCCUGCUCCUCUCCCUCAUUGUGGGCUUCAUGGUGUGGCACUUCCAGUACUGGAACGCAAAGGUUCAGAAGAUUUAUAACGGCUACUUAAGGAUCACAAACAGGCAGUUUGUGGACGCCUAUGAGAACUCCAACUCCUCGGAGUUCGCCGAGCUGGCUGGAAAGGUCAAGGACACGCUGGCAGCAUUGUACGGUAGCAUCCCAGCUCUCGGCCCCUAUCACAAGACAUCCGUGGUGACGGCCUUCAGUGAGGGCAGCGUCAUAGCUUACUACUGGUCCGAGUUCAGCAUCCCCCAGCACAAGGUGAAAGAUGCCCAAUGGGCCCUGAUGGGAGAGCGAAUCUUCAACAUCCCCCCAAAAUCCCGGGCCCUGCCGACCCUCAGCGUGGGCUCCUUUGUGGCCUACCCUGUUGACCCCAGGACAGCCCAGACUUCCCUGGAUAAAAGCUGCAGCUUUGCCCUGCACACCAAGGUGGGCGAGGUGACCCACUUCACCACCCCGGGCUUCCCCGACAGCCCAUACCCGAACCGUGCCCGCUGCCAGUGGGUGCUGCGGGGGGACGCCGACCAGGUGCUGAGCCUCACCUUCCGGAGCUUCGACGUGGCGCCCUGCGACGAGAGGGAGAGCGACCAGGUCAAGGUGUACGACUCCUUGAGCCCCUUGGAGCCACGGGCUGUGGUGGAGCUGUGCGGCACCUACCCCCCGUCCUACAACCUGACCUUCCUGUCCUCCCAGAACGUCCUGCUUGUCACUCUGAUCACCAACACCCCGCUCCGACACCCCGGCUUUGCUGCCCAAUUCUUCCAGCUGCCCAAGAUGAGCAUGUGUGGCGGGGCUCUGACCGAGGUGGCAGGGACCUUCAGUAGCCCUUACUACCCAGGCCACUACCCGCCCAACAUCGACUGCCUCUGGAACAUAGAGGUGCCCAGCGGCAACAACGUCAAGGUGCGUUUCAAAACGUUCUACUUGCUGGAGCCCCACAUGACCCUCGGCUCCUGCUCCAAAGACUACGUGGAGAUCAAUGGGGAGAAGUACUGUGGGGAGAAGCCCCCGUUCGUGGUGGCCAGCAAAAGCAACAAGAUGACCGUCCGCUUCCACUCAGAUGCAUCCUACACCGACAGUGGCUUCUUGGCCGAGUACCUGUCCUACGACUCCAGUGACCCCUGCCCUGGCAUGUUCACCUGCAACACUGGCCGCUGCAUCAAGAGCGAGCUGCGCUGCGACGGCUGGGCCGACUGCACGGACUUUAGCGACGAGCUGGAUUGUGUGUGCAAUGCCACCCACCAGUUCACCUGCCAAAAUAAGUUCUGCAAGCCGCUCUUCUGGGUGUGCGACACGGUUAAUGACUGUGGGGACAACAGUGAUGAGCUGCAGUGCGGUUGCUCGGGUCAGACCUUCAAAUGCCGCGACGGGAAGUGCAUCCCCGAGAGCAAGAAGUGCGACCACCUCAGGGACUGCGCGGACGGCAGCGACGAGGCAGACUGUGGCGAUGGUGCAGGGGCGGCCAGCUGCCCCCAGAACAGCUACAAGUGUCGCAGCGGUGUCUGUGUGAGCAAGGCGAACCCAGAGUGUGACGGAAUGCGGGACUGCAGCGAUGGCUCAGACGAGGAGCAGUGCGAAUGUGGGACCCGAUCCUUCAACAAGCAGUCCCGGAUCGUGGGGGGCCAGAACUCGGACGUUGGGGAGUGGCCGUGGCAGGUGAGCCUGCACGCCCAGGGCCAGGGCCACCUCUGCGGGGCCUCACUCAUCUCCCCCAACUGGCUGGUCUCCGCCGCCCACUGCUUCGUGGACGACAUGAGGAACAACAUGAGGUACUCAGACCCCAGGGUGUGGACGGCCUACCUGGGGCUGCACGACCAGAGCCAGCGGCAGGCCUCCACGGUCCAGGAGCGCAAGGUGAAGAGUGUCAUCAGCCACCGGCUCUUUAACGACUUCACUUUCGACCAUGACAUUGCUGUGCUGGAGCUGGACCAGCCGGUCACCUACAGCAACUGGGUGCGCCCCAUCUGUCUGCCUGAUGCCACCCACAGCCUCCCCCCGGGCAAGGCCAUCUGGGUCACGGGCUGGGGCCUCACCGCAGAAGGAGGGACUGGAGCUGUGGUCCUGCAGAAGGGAGAGAUCCGGGUCAUCAACCAAACGACCUGCCACCGCUUGCUGCCCCAGCAGAUCACCCCACGCAUGGUGUGCGUGGGCUUCCUCAACGGGGGUGUGGAUGCCUGCCAGGGUGACUCGGGCGGCCCGCUAUCCAGCAUGGAAGACAACGGGCGGAUGUUCCUGGCUGGCGUGGUGAGCUGGGGCGAGGGCUGUGCCAGGCGAGACAAGCCGGGCGUCUAUACGCGGGUGCCCCUGUUGCGGGAUUGGAUUAAGGAGAAAACAGGCGUAUAGGACUUUUUCUUUCUGCUCUUCUCCUCCUCCUCUUCUUCUUCCUCCUCCACACGCACUGCCCUCUGGGAGUGGAGCAGCAGCUCCAGAGAGCAAGUGACCCAUGUCCCCUGCCGAAGCCCACCCCCUGCC